AUGUCCAGUAGCACAGAUCAUGGAGCUUCUUGGGAGCAAGUCCUGGGCAAGAAGCUUGUUCGCAGCGCGGGGGAGGGGGCGGUAGAGGUGGUCGACACCGCCACCGCCCUGAAGGGCAAGCACGUGGGCCUGUACUUUUCGGCGCACUGGUGCCCGCCCUGCCGCCAGUUCACCCCGCGGAUGGCCGACACGUACAGCAAGCUGGCAAAGGACGGCGUCGAGUGGGAGGUGGUGUACGUGUCGUGCGACAGGAACAAGCACCAAUUCGAGGCGAGCCAGGCCGUUGAGUACUUCUCCUCGAUGCCGUGGCUCGCCAUACCGUUUGAGGACAGCGCCCUGCGGAAUACACUCAAGUUCCGCGUCCAAGGCAUCCCCACGCUGGUGAUGAUGGCCCCAGACACCACCAUCCUCUCAGCCAACGCGCGCGCAGCCGUCGGAGUGGACGCCAACGGCGCCGGCUUCCCCUGGGCGGGCGUCAGCGAGCCCAAGGGAUUCCCGCUGCCGUGGAUGAUGCUGGCGAUCCUUGUUUUCUGGAUCGUGCAAACAUUUGUGGUGCCCAAGUUCAGGGGCUGA